AUGACUUCAAAAUGCCAUAUCCUGAGGAAGAAAGCACUGGCUCAGUUUUCAAAUCUGCCAUCACUAGGUUACUUACGUUCUACCUGUAUAAGGUUCCGUGGAAUUACGUACCUGGUUGUUUUGGCCUUAAUAAUUAUGGUCGCUUGGGUAAUAUUUUCUACAUCGCCUCAAACAGAAAAAGUGAAACACAAUUCCGAUGAAGAAAUGCUGAGAAAAUACGAAGUAUUGGACGAUGUCAUAUCGAGAAGAAACAACCUGCAGUUGAGUAAUUGGCAAUCAGAAAAAUCUAAGACAACUACUCUGCCGCUAUAUUUUAGGACAACCGUAAAAUUAAAACACCUUAAACUUGAUGAUGGCACACACCUUCUGAAGUUACUUGCACCAACGGCAAAUCCAGAGACAAAAAGGACAGAUACUUUGCCAAAAAUAUAUUCAAACUCUAUGCAGCAUUUGCUGAAUUUACGAUUUCAAAUUCCCACCUCACAACCAGCUAAAGUGGACGUUGUCGGUCAAAGACCAGGUGAAAAAUAUGUUGAAUCCCCGCCAUCAUAUUUGGCGUCAGGCAUUCCUAGAAUUAUUCAUCAAAUCUGGAACAACUAUUCUUUACCAAGUCAAACUGUAAACUGGAUGAAAACAUGGCGAGAAAAACACACCUGGCCAAAAUGGCAGUACUGGUUUUGGACUCGUGAAGAUUGGGAGCAUCUUAUAAAACUAAGAUACCCGAAAUACUACGAAAACUUUCACAAUAUUCAAAAGGAAAUAUUUCGUGCAGAUAUCAUCAAAUAUUUCAUAAUGUUUGAAAUUGGGGGCGUUUAUGCCGACGUGGACGUUUUAAGUCUCCGCCCUCUAGACAGUGCUUUAGGUAGCAAACAGUGUAUUCUCAGUGAGGAGCCGCUGGAGCAUAGCUAUCUGCUGUACGAAAAAAUUGACGGGUUGGUCGGCACUGCUUUCAUGGCCUGUCGACCAAAGCAUCCAUUCUUCGAAAAAGUCACGAACUACUUUCAACGCUUUCAAAUGAGGGAAGGCAUGAAGGACCCGGUAAAAAUCACGGGGCCGUUCAAAUUAGAUACGCUAUAUCACCACUAUUUGCAGGUAUCAAGUUCGCCUAUCUCUGAUACAGAAUUGUACCUCGCCAAGCCAGACAUGUUUAUGCCUGGGUUUGAUCGCAGACGUUCACAAGAAUUGGAGGAAAAAUGUAGUGACACGGCUAAGAGAAAAGACGAUAAAAUGAUGGAAACUAUUUGUCGAAAAUUAAAACGCCAAAUGUUUUUACCAAUGGCACCUGCUGAUGCCUACUGCGAUCAUCUGUGGAUACAUUCCUGGAUGCAACCAGGAACAAUGUUCACAGAUAUCCGUAGUGUACUCAUCAGUGAUUUACAUGCAACACAAGUUGACAAACAGCUAACAAACCUGUUGCAAGAGACUAAAUUUUAA